AUGAAGAUAAUUAGUUACAAUACCAGAGGUCUAGGUGGGGUGGCCAAGAAAAAGGAAAUUCUUAAUAUGAUUAAAGUCCAAAAACCAACAUUUGUGUGCAUCCAAGAAACCAAGGUGGAGGUGUUGGAUAGAAACAUAUGUUUCUCGAUGUGGGGAUCUAAUGAAUUUGAUUUUGCAAGUAAACCGUCUGAAGGGAGAUCGGGAGGAAUAGUAACUAUGUGGGACAGAAGUAAAUUUGAAUUGCAAAAUUCGAGGAUUUUGAAUCACGCAAUCUGGGUGGAAGGGGUAUGGGGAAAAGAGAAGAGAAAAGUUAUAAUCAUCAAUGUGUAUGCACCAUGCAAUGGUAGAAGAAAACGUGAAUUGUGGGUUGAGUUAAAAGCAAGAUUAACAGAGAAACAAGGUGUUUGUGUUUGUGUUUUAGGCGAUUUUAACGCAGUCAGGGAUGUAGAGGAAAGAAAAGGUUCAAAUGAAAAUAACAGAAGGGAGGAAAUGGAAGAUUUCAAUAACUUCAUUUCAGAUUUAGAUCUUAUAGAUUUGCCACUCUAG